GCUGAACGCCUGACGUCAAGGCGACACCGCCAAACCUCGCCCAGAGUCAGGCGUGUAAACCAGCCGGAGCGGCGGCGGCAGGGGCAGCGGCAGCGGCAGGACCGCCGUGGCGCCGGGAGCAGCGACCUGGAAGGAGAGCGACGCGACGCUGGCUGCGGGGACUCGGUGACAGCGCGAGAGGUUCGCAGAGUACUAGCUUUUACAAGAUUACACCAUGCGUGAGUAUAAGCUAGUCGUUCUUGGCUCGGGAGGCGUUGGAAAAUCUGCUCUGACUGUACAAUUUGUUCAAGGAAUUUUUGUUGAAAAAUACGAUCCUACGAUAGAAGAUUCUUAUAGAAAGCAAGUUGAAGUAGAUGCACAACAGUGUAUGCUUGAAAUCUUGGAUACUGCAGGAACGGAACAAUUUACAGCAAUGAGGGAUUUGUACAUGAAAAAUGGACAAGGCUUUGCAUUAGUUUAUUCCAUCACAGCACAGUCCACAUUUAAUGAUUUACAAGAUCUCAGAGAACAGAUUCUUCGAGUUAAAGACACUGAUGAUGUUCCAAUGAUUCUGGUUGGUAAUAAGUGUGACUUGGAAGAUGAAAGAGUGGUAGGAAAGGAACAAGGUCAAAAUCUAGCAAGACAGUGGAACAACUGUGCAUUCUUAGAAUCCUCUGCGAAAUCAAAAAUAAAUGUUAAUGAGAUCUUUUAUGACCUAGUGCGGCAAAUUAACAGAAAAACUCCAGUGCCUGGGAAGGCCCGCAAAAAGUCGUCAUGUCAGCUGCUUUAAUAUACUAAAUGCGUUGUAGCUCUGAGCCAGGUCUGAAGAACUGUUGCCCAAUUCAACAGUGCCAGCAUUCCAACUUUGUUAAACCUACCAACAUCUUAAAUGGACUUUCUGUGGUGGUACCCUUUAAGAGGCGGAUGAAAGCUACUUUAUCAGUUUGCACAUUCUAAUCACUUUCCAGUAUCACAAAAGAGAUUUUUACUUAUAUAAUAGUCCUAGAGUAUGCUGCUGGUAAAACCAGAGGCUACAAUCCAGUAUUACUGCUAAGAGACAUUUUUCAUCCACCAAUGUUGUACAUGUAUGAAAAUGGUGUACUGUAUACUUUAACACACCCCAUACUUUGUAUUGGAGAGUACAAUAAUGUAAAUCCUAAAAGCACCACUAUUUUAGCAUAAUAAAAGAAAGUCCAAAGAGCUCCUAUAUAGACUACUCCAGAUAACUUUGCUUCUUUGAUACUUGUAGCUUAUUGUAAUUUUUUUUAAGAAAUUCAAGGUCAUUAUCAUUGUAUUGUACAAAUAAGCGCUUUGAUUAACACAGCUAUAUAGUUUUUUUAAUUUUUAAAAAACCUGUGGAGACAGUGAUUUUGUCUUUAAAUAUGAUAGUCCUUUCAGUAUAAUGUCUUAGAUUAAAGACGUUGCCUUUAAUAUCUGUUGGGAAGGAAAUGUCCAGACUUUUCAGAUCUCUUAUUAUGUGUUUCCUUUUUUGUUUACAUAGGGAACAAUGUUUAUAGUUGUGUGUACAGUGGGGGUCUACAACAAGAAGUGUAUAUUUUCAAACAAUUUUUUAAUGAUUUAACAAUUUUUGUAAAUCAUUUUCAGGCUUCUGCAGCUGUAGAUUCUCACUGUGAAUCCCUUGCUUGCUCAUGCAUAAGUGUAUUUGCAAUACCAAAUAUACAGGUUUAGUAUUUUUGCCUGUUAGUGAUUGUUUCACAUGUGUAACGUUUUGGUUGAGAUGUUAAAUGGUGGACGAGUACUGUGGAUGUGAAUGUGGGAAGUAAUUUUAAUCAUGUGUAAUUGGUCACAAGGCCUAAGUUGCAGUAACUAUUGCUGUUUUAUUUAACAAUGCCUUGUUGCUUUGUAUGCAUUAACGUUUGGGUGUAAAGAUUGUGUGUCUAUCCAACAGGGAGCCACAGUAUUUAAAUUGACCAACCUAAUGUUACAACUACUUUGAGGUGGCCAAAUGUAAACUAAAAGCCUUAAUUAAAGUGGUGCAAUUUUGUAUAACUUAGCAUCAGUAGUUCAAUAAAUUUGGAUUGCCAUGCAAGGGCUUGCAUUAUAA